GUUUUCUUCCUCUUGAUGGGGCAGAAUGCAACUCUGAACCCCGACCAUGAGGUUGUUUUUUGUUUUGUUUUUUGAGAACUCCCGUUAAAUUCAUUGGGUUCCACGGGCGGACUAGUUGAGGAUCGCCGCUUUCACGUGCUGCCGCGUCUCCCCUCUUACCGCACGAGGCCGAACCCCCAUCCCAUUUGCAAGCUUUCGAGCUACGCAUCCCAAUCGUCUGUUACCUAAUUCCUUCGCUCGCUCGUUGGGCAUACUGGAACCUCUUGUUAGGGUGAAAGUCUUCGCAAUUGCUUUUAAUGCAUCGCUGAUCCCGCUGGCCCGGGCAUCCAAACGGGAAGAGCCAAGAAGCCCUCGGGAUUUCACGUGCCUUCAGGCUGCCGAGGUGGGGAAAAAGGCAGCUUCUCUGAGCGGCAGCAACCGCGCUAAAAGCAGCAAGCAGCGGCAGCAAAAGCAUCGGGGAAAGGGGGAAGCCUGGCGGGAGACGCGGCCAGUCCUGGGGCCACGCGACGGCGCGCUCCGUUGAAAAGCCUGGCUGAGAGGGGAAGAAGGGGAGGUGAGAUGAGGCGAGGCGUCCGGUAAACGUUGCGAGCGACUUUGGAGCCCGUCGUGGAGCCGCCGCACCUUGCCCCCCUUCUCCCUCCUCAAGGCUGCUCCGAGGAAACGGAGCUCGCUCCCCGCGUUUCUUCGUGGAGCGACGGGAUCCAAUGACCUAGAGCGCUCGUAAGCCAUGCGACCCGACGACAUCAACCCUCGGACUGGACUGGUGGUGGCUUUGGUCAGCGUCUUCUUGGUGUUUGGCUUCAUGUUCACGGUUUCCGGGAUCAAAGGCGAGACUUUGGGGGACAUCCCACUUCUGGCCAUCGGACCGGCCAUCUGCUUACCCGGCAUCGCCGCGAUCGCCCUGACGAGGAAAACCGACGGCUGCACCAAAUGGCCCAACGUCAGCUUUUGCCCCCCGUGCGGCUGCUGCCGCAAGAAACCCCAGGACAAGGAGGUCCUGGAGUUGCUGAGGACCCCUUCGGACCUGGAGUCCGGCAAAAGCAGCUGCGACGAGCUGGCCCUGAAAGCCCGAGACCCCCAGCCGGCUGAGGCGACCCACCAGGUGGCCUGCGGGGGGAAAGACUCACUCGCCGCCCCCGCCGCGCGGGAUUGCGUCGGCUUGGACCCCAAAGUGGCUCAGGAGGAAAUGUUGAGGUACUUGGAGAAGUGCUAUCCGGAGAUGCCCGGCGGGAACAUUUUUGUGGCCGAGGCCUCUCCUUACAGUGCCUUAGACCAGCCGCAGGGGGAAUCCCCUGGCCUCGAGGGGGUCGCCGCCGCUGCCUCCCCCUGGCCGGCGGAGGACGAUUUGAACGUCGUCCCCAGCGACAGCAUCAUCGUUUGCUCCUACACGGAGAGCAGCCCUUACGACAGGUACUGUUGUUAUAUAAACCCCACCGAAGACCUCACUUCGGAUCCCCAGGAGAUCGUUUGAACGAACCGUCCCGUCUUUGCCAGCGCUCGGACUUUCCCUAUUUCGACUUGGCCCCUCGUUCUUUCAAACGGGGGCAAAAGAUACUGACGAUCCAUCCUUCCGACUCUUCCCCCCCCCCAAAUAACCACAACGGUAAUAAUAACAUAAUGAUAAUACUAUAAUCAUAUAUUAGCUGGUAUUGCACUGCAUGGGGCUAGCCUCCUAGCUCAGCUAUUAACUUUAAAACCUGGUAGGGGACUGAUAACGCGAACCUUUGGUGCCUAAAAUACUUUUUUCCUUUUCGUUCCAAUGCAAGUAAUAAUGGCUUGUUCAAGGAGAAUCGAUGUUUGGUUUGGUGAGUUCUGAGCAGCCAGCUAUUUUCUUAUACAGGGCUAAAGAAAUGGGGUUAAUUCCCAGCACUUGCCAAGUUCAAAAGUUCGGAAAUGGACUGGGCGUUAUUCAUGUCUAUGGAGAUUCUCAGUCAUCUAGGCCAUGGUUAUCCC